AUCACAUGGGGAAAUGGUCGAGCUAAUAUACUCGAGAAUGGCGAAUUGCUCAACGUUUCUCUCGACCAGACCUCAGGUUCUGGGUUCCAAUCGAAGAGAGAAUUUCUAUUUGGCAAGAUUGAUAUGCACAUUAAGUUGGUGGCGGGUAACUCGGCAGGCACUGUUACUGCAUACUAUCUGUCAUCACAAGGGGAUACGCAUGACGAAAUUGACUUCGAGUUCCUCGGUAAUCUGUCUGGAGAUCCCUAUAUUAUGCACACCAAUAUUUUUUCUAAUGGAAAAGGUAACCGCGAGCAGCAAUUCUACCUCUGGUUUUCUGUGGACGGAAUUCCGGUGAGAGUGUUCAAGAACAGCGAACAUUUGGGUGUGCCAUAUCUAAAUAAUCAAUCGAUGAGAAUUUAUUCGAGCCUGUGGAAUGCAGACGAUUGGGCAACCAGAGGCGGUGCAGUGAAGAUUAACUGGAGCAAAUCCCCCUUUGUCGCCUCUUACCGAAAUUUUAAUGCUCGGACUUGCAGUAAGUCUAUUGAUUGCUCUACAAAUUCUUGGCAUAGUGAAGCAGCAUUGGAUUCGAGUAAAGGGCAGAAGCUUCAAUGGGUUCGUAAGAAUUACAUGAUUUAUGAUUACUGUUCGGACACGAAAAGGUUUCCACAGGGCCUUCCUGCUGAAUGCACUCACUAG